AUGAAAACCGCGAAAUGCCCCGUUGUCGCGUCGGAGAAUGCACUAAGAGUGAUGGAAGGUGGUGGUUGUGCGUUUGGAGUUGCGGGGUUGUGCGUUUGGGGUUGUAGGGCUGGGCGUUUUGGAGUUGCGGGGUUUGGGUUUGGAGUGGCUGGGCGUUUUGGAGUUACGGGGUUUGGAUUUGGAGUGGCUGGGUGUUUUGGAGUUGCGGGGUUUGGGUUUGGAGUGGCUGGGCGUUUUGGAGUUGCGAGGUUUGGAUUUGGAGUGGCUGGGUGUUUUGGAGUUACGGGGUUUGGGUUUGGAGUGGCUGGGCGUUUUGGAGUUGCGGGGUUUGGAUUUGGAGUGGUUGGGUGUUUUGGAGUUGCGGGGUUUGGGUUUGGAGUGGCUGGGCGUUUUGGAGUUGCGGGGUUUGGGUUUGGAGUGGCUGGGCGUGUGUGUUGGUGGCUGGGCGGUGGAGUUGGUGGUUGGUUGUGA